AACCUAAAAGCGGGCCAUGACACAUGACACCUCUCAGUCUUCUCUUUAGCUGAUUUCUCGAGUCUCCUCGAAAGUGAUUGUGAUUACCGUUACAUUCGUGUUCAGUGGGCGGAGAAUUGAUAGAAUCUUAUGUUUACAAAAAUUUCAUAAAUUAUUACGCCAAGUGACGGAUUAAUCGAUUUCGAAAAUGAUACGUUUUAUCCUUAUACAAAAUAGAGCGGGUAAGACUAGAUUAGCAAAAUGGUAUAUGAAUUUUGAUGAUGAUGAAAAACAAAAGUUAAUAGAAGAAGUUCAUGCAGUUGUUACUGUCAGAGAUGCAAAACAUACAAACUUUGUCGAAUUCCGUAAUUUUAAGAUAGUGUAUAGGCGAUAUGCAGGCUUAUAUUUCUGCAUUUGCGUGGAUGUUAAUGAUAAUAAUCUCUGUUAUUUGGAAGCAAUUCAUAAUUUUGUUGAGGUGUUGAACGAAUACUUUCACAAUGUAUGCGAGUUGGAUUUAGUCUUUAAUUUUUACAAGGUGUAUACCGUUGUGGAUGAAAUGUUCUUAGCUGGUGAAAUCAGAGAGACAAGUCAAACCAAAGUACUGAAACAACUCUUAAUGUUAAAUUCUUUAGAAUAAACACACUCAUUUUUGGCUUUAUAUAUUAACGAAUGCUUCAUCUGAAUAUGUAUAAUAUGUCAAAAGUGGAUGUCAUAAUAUGUAGAUAUUAUAUUGCAUAAAAUACAUGUAUAAAUAUUCUAUGUAAUGAUAUAAUGAUCUUGAUGACUUAGAUGAUUUUCAAUAAUUAUGUAUUUUAUGUAAACAUAAUAUAUAAUCUCUAUGUGAAUUUUAUGUUAUGAUUUGGACAGAAAAAUGAAAGAAAAAUACCAACAUUCAAAAUAUGACAAACUAUUAUAGCAAUAAAAGACCAAGUAGAAGGAA